UAUUUUCAUGUAGCAUAUGGAAUAAUUUUUUAUGGUGGCAUAUAUAUAUAUUUUUUUUCAGUCAUGUGGGAAAAGGUUCUUUGGCCCUGUGGAAUAAUUGGUGGCUGUUAUGUUAUAUGGUCUUAUAAAGAUACAACUCAUCAUCCCCAUUCUGCCUUUCAAGAAAAAACAUUGAAAAAAGAAAAUACUUCUAAUGGGCCAAAUCUAAACAAUUUUAAUGAGAGUGCAUAUAUAGAUGUAGAAUCUAGUUUGCUUCCAAGUAUUCAAAAUAGUUACAAUGGGUAUUGGAAUCUUCUUAUACUGGCAAAAUCAAAGAAACAAAGUGUUCGACAUAGAGCAGUUAGAUUACUUUCACAAUUAACGAACUUGGACAAAUGGCAGUAUAUGAUGAUUGCUCAAGCUUCUGAUUUAUACACUGCUGUUGGUUUAGCAAGAUCACCUAAUGCCAAUGCAUCAUACUUCCUUUCACCACCCUUUAAAAUAUUAAAUACAGAAAGUUUGAGAGAAGAAUUGUUCCAGUUGUUGCUGUCUUUAUCCUUCCUAGAGGCUGAUAUCUGUAUCGACAUUUUAGCUAAACGUGCUAAAUGUCUUGCACAACAACUUUUAAAAAAGAAAGAAGACUGGAAUUCUGAGUUGGAAGACUCUUACAGAAUUUAUCAUACUGAACGUAAGAAGAAGAUAUCAAUUACUUUUGAUAAGUUAAGUUUGCAGACUCUCCUUGGUUAUUCUUCAAAGAAAUCACAUAGACUUUUAAUGUUUGAAAAAGGAAUACUAAAGAUAUUACUCUCUGUCGUAAAGCUUCAUGGGGAGGACCCAGAAUUUCAAAGUAUCAUUGCACAAAUCCUUGCAAAUUUAGCCUUAGAAGAAAAAUUUGCAAAUGCUCUUCAUGUCACAGGUUGGAUUGGAAUUCUUGCAUUAUGGUCUAAAUCUCCAUGUAUUGAAGUUAGUUUACCUGCAGCAAAGGCACUUGCUAAUUUAGAUAAAGAUGACUUUCAUCACUCAUUUUAUGAUAGUGGAAUAUAUCUUCUGCAUCCACUUAUUCGAACACGUAAAAAGGAGUUUUGUGCUGAUAUCAUAUUUGUGCAUGGGAUGCUUGGUGCUACAUUUUGGACAUGGCGACAACAUGAUAGCAUGAAGAAUUUCUGUAAUAAAGAUAAACAAGAAGAAAACAAUUUAAAUUUAGCAAAAAGUGACAUGUUAAAAGGAAAUUAUUGUAAUUCUCCCUUAUACACAUUUUGUUGGCCCAAGGAUUGGCUGGCCAUUGAUUUUCCUGAUGCUCGUUUUAUAUCUGUUGAUUACAGCACUUGCAUUAGCAAGUGGAAGGCUAAUUGUGCUGACCAGGAAGAAAAGGACAGUUUACAUGCCAAAGCGAAGUAUUUAAUAGAUAAGCUAUUACUUUCAAAUAUUGGUGAAAGGCCUAUUGUAUGGAUUACACAUUCUAUGGGUGGUCUUCUUGUGAAGCAAAUUCUAAUGCUAGCCGAAGCAAGUACUGAAAAAAAAACCAAUUCGAUUGCAAAGAAAACCAUCGGAUUAAUUUUUUUUAGUGUGCCACAUAAAGGUAGUGAUUUGGCAAAGCUUUUUCAAUCAGUUCCUUACAUCUUACAACCAUCGACUGAUAUGGAACAACUUCAAAAAGGAUCACUAAAACUGCUUUCAUUGCAUGAGAGAUUUAAAAGCUUUGUUGAUAAAAACAACAUUGCUGUCUUAAGUUUUGGGGAAACAAAAAAAUCUAAAUGGGGUCUGACAUCAUCCAUGCUAGUUACAGAAGAUUCAUCUGAUCCAGGCAUUGGAGAAUACUAUGCUGUGCCAGUAGAUCACCUGAGUACAUGCAAGCCUGAGUCAACUGACUCUAAAGUAUAUACAAAGACAGUUGAAUUUUUAAACCAUUGUAUUCCACGAUCUCCGGAUGUGCAUCAAAAAUACUCAAAACUAGAAUUGGAAAUUUCUAAUAUCCUAUGUUUUUUUUAG